CCGCUGCCGCCGCUGCCGCCGCUGCCGCUGUUGCCGCUGCCGCCGCUGCCGCCGCUGCCGCUGUUGCCGCUGCCGCCGCUGCCGCUGCUGCCGCCGCCGCUGCUGCCGCCGCCGCCGCUGCCGCUGCCGCCGCUGCCGCUGCCGCCGCUGCCGCUGCCGCCGCUGCCGCUGCCGCCGCUGCCGCUGCUGCCGCUGCAGCUGCUGCCGCUGCCGCUGCUGCUGCCGCUGCUGCCGCUGCCAAUGCCGCUGCCGCUGCCAAUGCCGCUGCCGUUGCUGCCGCUGCCGCCGCUGCCGCUGCUGCCGCUGCUGCUGCCGCCGCUGCUGCUGCCGCUGCUGCCGCAGCCGCUGCUGCCGCAGCCGCUGCUGCCGCCGCUGCCGCUGCUGCCGCCGCUGCCUCUGCCGCCGCUGCCGCUGCCUCUGCCGCCGCUGCCGCUGCUGAUGCUGCCGCUGCUGCUGCCGCCGAUGCCGCCGCCGCCGCCGCUCAAUCAAAAUGCCAAUUUUGAUUAUCUCCCAGAACAUGUGAAGAAGGCAGAGAUAAACAAAUGCCUUGCUGGACUUGCCGAGGAGAACAACCCCCCCUCUCUUAUAGAAGAGGUUUCCCUUGCUGAUGGUCUUUAA